AUGGCUACAACUAGCCCCUCAUGCCUGAUAUACGGAGCUUCGCACGUUUCUCAUGCAUCUCUCUUUAUCUACCAAAAAUCAGGUUUCACACUUUAUUUGUUAGUAUAUGUUGAUGAUAUCAUUACCAACGGGAGUUCCUCUAUAGAGCCGUCCAACCUUAUUUUCACCCUUGCUGCUCAGUUUUCGCUGAAAGAUCUUGGAUGUCUUACCCAUUUUUUGGGCGUCAAAGUAAUUCCUUCCGCCACAGGACUCUUUCUUUCACAAGAGAAAUACAUCACUUAUCUACUCCAUAAAUUAGACAUGGCUAACACCAAAUCAACAUCCACUCCCUUGUUCGCUAGUGCUCAAUUACUCAAAAAUUCUGGUGAUCUUCUACCUUUCCCAACUGACUAUCUUGCACUUGUGGGAAGUCUUCAAUCCUUAAGUAUUACUCUCCUGGAAAUAUCCUUCAGCACCAACAAACUUGCGUAG